AUGGAGCUGCAGCACAUGCAGGGCUGGAGGAGUUACAAUAACCGCAAGCGCAAGCGUGAGAAGUCAGCGAGGGAGCCUCGCCCUGCAAAGAAGCGGAGUGCGAGAAGCCUCGUCACGUUCGCCAAGGAGAAGCAGAAGUCAGGCCCUGGCCGUGGAAUCUGCAUCAUGAGAUCCGGGAAUGGUGUCCGCGUGUGUUACUUUGCCAGGGCCAUCAUCGCUGGAAUUGCGAUCUCCUCACACUGUGUUCGAGGUGAAGAAGAGGCCAAAGCUCUGAGGGACUUCUUGGACAAGGUGUCCUCUUCGCGCUGGCAGAGCUUGAUGGAGUCGGACCCAGGAGGCUUCGGGCUUCGACCGGCCUUCGAAGGCCCCUGCCAGGAAGCCCCGCGUCUGUGGCGCUUCCGCGCAACUGUCGACGCACGCCGUUGGGUGGGCCGCACCUUGAGCUCCCGGCAGGUGGCUUCGCUAGGGGAGGUCUUUCGGAAGCCAUGUUCGCAAAGCUUUGUUGUCGGUGUGCCUGCUCACAUCUGCUGUCUCAGGAUUGUUUUGACUCCGCUUGGGGUGCUUGGCAUGCUGCUGAUGUCGCGCAACAGCAAGCGCCACAAAACCGAGCCUGAGCAUCCAUCGGAGAGUCUUGGGCAGGAGCGCUUUCUGGGACAGGCCUGCCUCGAUAUAUAG